GUUUGCAGAGAGCUCUUAUAAAGAGGCUGACAGAGCACGGAGUGCAGGAGAAUUACAAGGUGCAGGAAAACAGCAGCUCUGCUUGGCUCAGCACGACCUGCUCUGCACCAUGGGGAAGGACAAGCUGCCCAGCAAACCAAACAUCUUCCUCCUUCUUCUCUUCUUCCUUCCUGGAAAUACUCCUCUCAACACAGAACCGCAGUACAUGGUGCUAGUGCCCUUUCUGAUCCACACAAAUUCUCAUGAGAAAGUCUGCGUUCAGCUGACCUACCUGAACGAGUCUGUGACGCUGAGUACCACACUCGAGUACCUAGGGGAGAACAGGAGCCUGAUUGAUGAUGUGGUGUCAGAGAAAGACAUGUUCACCUGCAUCCCUUUCUCUCUUCCAAAAUCCAAUAGCACAUCAGUGGCGUUUCUCACUGUGACGGUGACAGGGGACACACUGCACUUCAAGAGCCGCAAGUCAGUGCUGGUCAAGAAUUCCGAAAGCUUGGUCUUCAUCCAGACAGACAAACCCAUGUACAAGCCCGGACAGACAGUUCAGUUUCGGAUCGUCUCUCUGGACAAAGACUUCUACCCACUGAAUGAGAAGUUUCCCUUUGUCUAUGUUCAGGAUCCCCAGAGGAACCGUGUGUACCAGUGGCAAGGGGUGGAACUAGAAACAGGCUUUACACAACUCUCCUUCCCCCUCACCUCGGAUCCCAUCCAAGGCUUCUACAAAAUAGUUGUGCAGAAGAGCUUCUCAUCCCAUGUGGAGCACUCCUUCAGCGUGGAGGAAUUCGUGCUGCCCAGGUUCGAGGUCCUGGUGAAGGUCCCAGAGAUGAUCACUAUUAAGGACAACGAGCUUCCAGUGUCUGUCUGUGGUCUGUACACAUAUGGGAAGCCUGUUCCUGGUUUGGUGAAUGUCCAAGUAUGCCGGAAAUUUUCCCAGUCUGCUUCAAGUUGUUACGGAAAAGAAACAGAAUCUGUGUGUGAAGAAUUCACUAGGCGGGCAGAUGUUCAUGGGUGUGUUUCUGGUGUGGUGAGGACCAAGGUGUUUCAGCUCCUACGCAAGGGAUAUGAGAUGAGCAUUGAUGUACGAGGCAAAAUCACAGAAGAUGGCACAGGAAUAGAGAUGACUGGAACAGGCUCCUGUGGUAUCACAUCCACCAUGAGCAAAAUCCGUUUUGACCUGUUGGACUAUGUGUACAAACCAGGAAUCCCACUCUUUGGGAUGGUGAAGCUGGUCGAUGGCACUGAUGCUCCACUUGCCAAUGAAACCAUCACGAUUACUGUGGGUGGAAACAAGUACAAAGGGAAUUACACUACAGAUGAGCAGGGACAAUCCUGGUUUUCCAUAGACACUACCAGCUUCACAGAACUCUCCCUGGAAAUCCGAGCAGAGCAUAAACCUGAGCUGAACUGUUAUGACAGUGACUGGAUGACACCGUCCUAUGAGCAUAGGACGCGCAGAGUAACUCGCUCUUACUCCCUCAGUAAGAGCUUCCUCAAAAUUGAGCCAAAGCCUGAGACAUUAAGUUGUGGCUCCUCAGCAGAGGUCCAGGUGCACUAUAUCUUCACACCAGAGGCCAUAGGGGACCAGAAGAAAAUUGUCAUUUAUUAUUUGGUGAUGGCCAAGGGACAAAUCGUAUUAGCUGACACCUAUGAUCUGAAUGUGAAUCCUGGAGAUGCUUACGGGACAUUUCGGUUGAGCUUCUCUGUUGAGGCAGCAAUUGCUCCUGUGGCACAGAUGCUUGUGUACACCACUUCACCCAGUGGGGAAGUCAUUGCCAGUUCACAGGAUUUCCAGGUUGAAAUGUGCCUCCCCAAUAAAGUGAGAUUGAGUUUUGCACCCAAGGAAGGUCUUCCUUCUUCCAACACACAUCUGCAACUCCACACCUCUCCAAGAUCCCUGUGUGCCCUUCGUGCAGUGGACAAGAGUGUUCUCCUUAUGAAGCCUGAAAAUGAGCUUUCUCCCAGCUCUGUGUAUAAUCUUCUCCCAGUGAAGGAGAGCCAGGGUUACAGCUUCAGGGAAUACUACUUGGAAGAAGACAACGUCAAUCCAUGUGUAUCGCUUGACAAUCUGUCAUUAAAUGGAUUUCUCUACAUACCCAUUUCUUCUGAUGGCGAAGGGGAUGCCUAUGACAUUCUCAAAGAAUUGGGCUUAAAAGUCUUCACUAGCAGCAAGAUCCAUAAGCCUGAACUCUGCGAGCAUUACCCAGAACACAUGAUGGAAAGGAGUUACAGUGGUUCUAUCUCUGCAAUGAAUCUGCAUGGAGAAUUGAGUUAUGGCAUGGCAGAAGAUAUGGUUGAUGGCAAUCCAAUGGAGACUGUCCGGAAGUACUUCCCUGAGACAUGGAUCUGGGACAUAGUUUCAGUGAACUCUGAGGGAAAAGCUGAUCUAGAAGUGACCAUCCCUGACACCAUCACUGAGUGGAAAGCCAAUGCAUUCUGCACUUCAGCAGGCUCAGGCUUUGGCCUGUCCCCGACAGUGUCCCUCAGAGCCUUCCAGCCCUUCUUUGUCGAGCUCACCAUGCCCUACUCUGUGGUGCGUGGGGAGUCCUUCACGCUGAAAGCCACCGUUUUCAACUACCUGCCUGCCUGCAUCAGGGUCGGUGUGUCUCUGGCUGAAUCUGCUGAUUUCCUGGCUGUACCAGUGGGGAAACAGGAGGAAUCCUACUGCAUCUGCGUGAAUGAAAGAAAAACUGUUGCUUGGGCAGUAACACCAAGAUCUCUAGGGCAGGUGGAGCUCUCAGUGACCACUGAGGCCCUAGAGAACCAGCAGCCCUGCGGGAACUACAUUGUGGAGACCCCUGAGAAAGGGCGGAAGGACACGGUCAUCAGACAGCUGCUGGUGGAGCCGGAAGGGACUGAAGCAGAAACCACAUACAACUCUGUGCUCUGUGCAUCUGAAGAGUCAGUGUCACAGACAGUCUCCUUGGCUCUCCCAGAGACUGUGGUGGAUGGCUCAGCCAGAGCAUAUUUCUCAGUGCUAGGUGACAUCAUGGGCACUGCCAUGCAGAACCUGCACCAGCUCCUCCAGAUGCCCUUUGGCUGUGGAGAGCAGAACAUGGUCCUCUUUGCACCCAACAUCUACGUCCUGGACUAUCUGAACAAAACAGGGCAGCUGAGUGAGGAGAUCAAAUCCAAGGCCACUGGAUACUUAGUGAGCGGGUAUCAAAGGCAAUUGAAGUACAAACACCGGGAUGGUUCUUACAGCACCUUUGGGCCACGUUAUGGGCAAGUUGGAAAUACCUGGCUCACAGCAUUUGUCCUCAAGUCCUUUGCCCAGGCCCAGCCUCAUAUCUUCAUAGAGGAGAAGCACAUCCAGGAUGCUUUGAUCUGGCUUACUCAAAAGCAGAAGGAGAAUGGCUGUUUCCGCAGUUCUGGGACGCUCCUGAACAAUGCCAUGAAGGGUGGAGUGAAUGACGAGGUCACACUGGCAGCCUACAUCACUAUUGCACUGCUGGAGAUUCCUCUGCCUGUAACCCACUCAGUGGUGCGGAAUGCU